GGAAAGGGAGCUGCCAUGGGAGCUGCGGCCAGCACUGGUGAGGGGCCGGGCCCAGAGGACGGCUAUGUUCAUCACGUCUACCUCGCUGCCACGGAGAUCAUUCGCGUGGCUGGGAUGCGAGGGUACCACACCUCAGUGAUUGUUGACUCGCACGAGUACUUCUUCGAUUCGAUCGGCAUUUUGGAGGCGCCGCCCCUCUUUUCGCACACCUUGGAGCAGCAGGCAGAGGGUCAGAGCCAAGCGUGCCAAGCGUCGGCUUCGGACGAGGAUGGCGAAGUCAGUGAUGGUCCCGUAAAGAAGCGGAAUACCGUGGUGACGCCCAUGGGAUAUAGCAGCCAGUCAGGGCGACAACUGGUGGCAGCGCUGCAGCAACACUUCGAACGAGGUACCUAUGAUGUCUUCUACAAGAACUGCAACACCUUCACGGAUUGUGCCCUGUACUACUUGACCAAGACCCGGCUGCCGGGCAGUUAUACCCGCAUCGAACGGCUGGUCACGGCGACCAAGACGGUCUCCAUCGGGCUGUUGAACGUGAUCUUCAAGACGUACCUGGAGAACGCCACCGGUGUGGAAGUGGAAGGAGAUAUCUACACACCCAAUCCGUUGUCCUCAGACUUCUCGGUGGAUGGUCUCAUCAGACAGCUGGAAGGAGAGUCCGACUCUGAAUCGUCGUCCUCAACAGAUGGCGAUGAGGAGUCUGACGAGGAACCCUCUUUGGCCACGCGCUUGUCGGCAGCGUUCUCAUCGACGAAGCUCAGAGGAGAGAGCCCUUAGGCGACGGAUAGACAUAUCGAGCAAUCACAUAGUGGGACAAGCAUCACAUAGG